CGGCGCCGGUGUCGGUGCCGCGGGCUGGGCGCUGGCGCCAUGGGCUCGGCGCUGGGCGGCGGCGCGGGCCGGGCGGCGGCCGCCUCGUUUGAGUGCGCCGUGUGCCUGGAGGUGCUGCACCGCCCCGUGCGGACGCGCUGCGGCCACGUAUUCUGUCACUCCUGUAUUUCUACAAGUUUAAAGAAUAAUGCAUGGACAUGCCCUUAUUGCCGGGCUUACCUGUCUUCUGAAGGAAUUCCAGCUACUGAUAUUGCCAAGAAGAUGAAGAUAAUAUACCAAAAUUGCACAGAAUGUGAAACACAGGUAUGUCUGAGUGAAAUGAGAGCUCAUUUAAGAACUUGUGAAGAAUAUCUAAAAAAAUAUGGACCUCUACAGGAGCCUGGAGAUGCAGUAACAAGAUAUUCUUGUCCUUUUUGCCAGUGCGAAGUAGAUGAGGAUGAUCUAAUGGACCAUUGUCUCACCUACCACAGAUCAGAAAGGACAGCAGUGGACAUAAACAUUGUUGAAGAAGUUCUUAUUGAAACAGUUCUAGACAGGCCAUUCUUAGAAUAUGUGAAUGUAAAUCAUCCAAACAGCACGUAACAAGUACUGGGGAAGAAUGGAAGAUGAUGUUCUGUGGUUAACCAUGGAGAGUAAAGUCUAGCUUUUUGUAAUUAAUGGGGUGUCAGCAACCCGCUUACAUCUAGAAAUGUUUUUUCUUAAGCAUUGUUUUGUUUUUUCUUAAUUAUUUUUAAUUAAAUUUCAAUUUUUUAGUCCAAAAAUGUUUUAAAGAAUAAGGAAAAACAGAAAUAUUGUCAUUUUCUCCACCUCCAAUGGAAUCGUCAUUGUUUGCUUGAGCUUACUCUGUCCAGUAUAUGGAUACACUGGCUUUUACGGCAGCCCUCUUGUUUGUUUUCAGCUACAAUCUGGGCCAGUCUCAAAAUACUGAUGCCAGUGCAACGCUAGAGACAGAUGACAAGCAACAGUUUUUCUGAUUCUACAGCACCAAACAAAUUGGAACAACAACAACAAAAAAAUGAAACAGUAUCAAUAACGUAUUACUAACCCCAUAGGAACGUGCAUAUAUUUCAUUUACAGUGUUUGCAAGAUGAGGGUCACACUUAGCAAUUGGUAAGUAAAAGCCAUCUUGGAAAAAAAGCAAGGAGUGAGUAAAUAAUUAUUAAGAAAACCUGUUGAGGAGGUUGACAGGGUCGUUUAACUAACCUGUAUUCUCUUACCAUGUAAGUUAACAAAUUUUAUCUAAUUUUUGUAAGAAAACUAUGAAGUUUUUUGUAUA